AUUUUGGUUACAAUUUAAGCAAUAAUUAUUGAAAUGUGUUUUUAAUGUUAAGUCAAUUAUAAUUUAUAAACUAAUUAAUUGCUGAACAAUAGUGGCAUUAAUUAUAUGAUUACUUAUCGUUUAUUGUCAUAAAUGUGAAUCAAAUUGAGUGAUAAUUAAGUUUGAUUUGAUGUCAAUCACGUAUCACAACAGUGUUAACAUUGGGUGUGUUUUUAAAGCAUAUAACGCGGUAUUCCGUAUAAUAAAAGUUGCGGUCAACUAAUCGUUUUUGUCAUCAAAUUAGUGAACAAAAGAGUAAACAAAUAGAGAGAAGAUAUGCACAGAAUUUGCAUGGCAUCGGACUUCUUCUACCCGAAUACUGGAGGAGUCGAGAGUCAUAUCUAUCAGUUGUCGCAGUGUUUGAUCCAAUUGGGACAUAAAGUGAUUAUCAUAAGUCACGCAUACGAUGACCGUACGGGUGUCCGAUAUAUGACAAAUGGUCUUAAAGUGUAUUAUCUUCCCGUUUGGGUCGUCUAUAAUCAGUGUACACUACCGACACUUUUCACGACAUUUCCGUUAGUCCGCUAUAUUUUAAUCCGUGAGCGCAUAGACAUAGUUCACGGCCACUCGGCAUUCAGCGCAUUGGCUCACGAAGUUAUGUUUCACGCGAAGACACUAAAUAUUAAGACUGUAUUUACCGAUCACUCUCUCUUUGGUUUUGCCGACUCGAGUGCUAUUAUCACCAAUAAGUUAUUACAAAUAUUAUUAUCUGUUUGCAACCGAGUUAUCUGUGUCUCGCAUACCGGCAAAGAAAACACUGCAUUAAGAGCUGGCGUCGAACCGAAUCGCAUAUCAGUCAUUCCCAAUGCUGUCGACACCGAUAUAUUUAUGCCGUCCAAAGAUAGUAAACAACUCAACCGUUCUUACACAACUAUAGUAGUAGUCAGUCGUCUAGUCUAUCGAAAAGGUGUUGAUUUGUUAGCCGGAGUUAUACCAAUCAUAUGCAAUAAAUUUAAUGACAUUCGCUUUAUUAUUGGUGGCGAUGGACCCAAACGGAUAGUGAUUGAAGAAGUUGUAGAAAGACAUCAACUCCAGGACAGAGUGACUUUAUUGGGUGCCAUCAAACACGAUGAUGUGCGCCAUGUCUUAGUUCAGGGCGAUAUCUUCCUCAAUGCAUCGCUUACUGAAGCUUUUUGUAUGGCUAUUGUCGAGGCGGCCGCUUGUGGUCUACAAGUGGUGAGCACUAGGGUUGGAGGAAUUCCAGAAGUACUUCCCAGUGAAAUGAUUUGGUUAACUGAACCCUCUGUCAGAGGUCUAUUAGAUGGCUUAGAAAGAGCUUUGGCUGAUAGGAGUGCAGGAAAUGUGAUUUCACCCUUUGAAGCGCAUAAGAAAAUUAAAAGUUAUUAUCAAUGGGAAGACAUUGCAAAGAGAACACAAAAAGUUUAUGAUUCGGCAAUGAAAGAACCGAUUGACCAUUUGGGCCAUCGAUUGAAUAAGUUCUGGCAGUGCGGCACCAUUUGUGGACCACUUUUUAUUGUCAUUGCAGUCAUCGAACACUUCUUGUUUCUACUUUAUGAAUACCUCGUUCCUCGACAUACUAUCGACAUAUCACCCGAACUGACGAUUAAUAAUUUUAAAUAUUCAAACUCUGAUAAAAACAUUGAAGAUAUUGAUAUACCGAUGCUCUCAUCUAAACAUUAAUUUAAAUUUUGUUAAUUUUUAAAUUAUUUCUAUUUGUAAUAUUUUAUUAAAAAUAAAAUGUCUAA